AUGAAUGAAGAUAUUCCUCGAUGGCUGAUUUGUGGUGCUGGAGCAGGUUUGGCAGUAGAUCUAGGGCUUUAUCCCUUGGACACCAUAAAGACGCGUUUGCAAAGCAAACAAGGCUUUAUAGCAGCUGGGGGUUUUCGGAAUAUUUACAGCGGUAUGGGUUCAGUCGCUAUAGGUUCAGCGCCGGGAGCGGCACUAUUUUUCCUUAGCUACAGAACAAUAAACGGAUGCUUCGAAAACGAAACAUCUCUCGUUCACGCGUUUUCUGCUAGUUUGGCUGAGACGAUAGCUUGUGCGGUUCGUGUUCCAACGGAGCUUGUCAAACAACGGCUUCAGGCAUCGAUCCCCAAACCAGCUCUAACGCAAGUCUGCCGAGAACUGUACCAGUCAAAUCGUCUCUUGGGAUUCUAUAGAGGUUACUUGAGUACAGUGACAAGAGAGAUUCCAUUCGCUGUCAUAGAGUUUCCUCUGUAUGAGUUCCUGAAAAAGACUGUCACUUCGAAACAGGGUUGCGACUGUACGCCUAUUGAAGGUGCUGCCUGCGGAAGUGUAGCAGGAGCUUUCGCUGCAGCACUGACAACACCUCUUGAUGUAGCGAAGACACAAAUAAUGCUAUCGAAAUCGAGGGAAACACCAACUAUACUUAUGACUCUUAAUGAGAUCUAUACCACGCGUGGCUUCGCAGCACUAUUUUCGGGGAUCGUACCACGUGUUCUCUGGAUGACAGCAGGCGGUUUUGUGUUCUUUGGAGCCUAUGAAUCUGUGCUAGCAGUAUCCUAUUGGGUAUGCCCUGAUAAGAAAAAGUUGAAGUGA